AUGGAUUCAAUCGAAAAAGAAAAAUUCAAAUCAGCUCUCAAUACGCUCAUGUCUGCUACGCCGGACAUCUUAAUACACUUUCGAAACGAGUUAAUAGACGCACUUGACCAGGUUGACAAAACAUACUUAUCUGCCCAGCUGGAUACGCCUUUGAGUGAAUCUCGGAAAAGGCCCUCGAAGAAUGCCCAUACAGACGCUGCGCAAAACAGGCCAAAUGGUUAUAAACGCCAACGUCUAGAUUGCCAAUCAUAUGCGCGACCUACAAGAGAUUCAAACCCCCGGCAACCCUCUGCUGCGAAGACAGCCAGCAGUAUGCAUGCAGCGGAAGGCGAAAAACUGGUAUUUUGGACGGGUAACCGUCCGAGUGGCACUCCAGGAUUUGAGCGCGAGAACUAG